UCCAAUAGGAAUUCAGAGGACAUGAGCUACAAAAGAACACCCAGAUUUCUAAGUCUACAGGCACUUUUACGUGCAGAGAUGCUUGCGAUGGUCUUGGCUCGUUUGAUGUUACUGGCUCAUGUAGAUGGGAACAUACUCCCGCCUAGCCUGCCCUUCGCUGUUGGUGGAACAUCAGACACCCGACUAUUGUGGCAGAGACUGGUUAGCAGCUAUGCUCAAAAUCGGAGGAACCACUUAACUGUAGGAUUUUAUGGUUUUGCUACUUUUAUGCGUUUUAUCAUUCAUUUUAGACCUCUCAUGUUUUCCUACAAUCUGCCAGAUCUGCCAAGUGACGCAGGAGUCACCCUUAGCCUCAGUGACAUUUCGGAUAUAUUUACGGGGAAACUGCAAUAUUGGAGUGACAUCCGAAUAAGACAAAGAAACCCAGGUACAGUUCCUCUGCUGUACGACAGUGUGUUCUAUCUGCCGUUCAUUCGUCAGCCCAUACAUCUGAUUCUGCGUGAUGACAAUUGCAGCGAAAACAUUGCUUUGACUAAAUUCCUCUCCAACGUCUCCGGCAUAUGGCAGCUGCAGUAUGGCCUAAUGAGCUCUAUGCAGAACUUCAAAAGUCCUAGUGGCCUUUCUGUCUAUCACACAAUUUUAUCGUCUGGAGUCUUCAGUCUUGUGAAUUCCGUGCCUUACUCGAUUGCUUACUUUCGGGGCAGUGCCCCUUCCAUCCCAACAGUUUCCCUUCAGCUUAACAAUGGAAUAACGAUCGGUGCUUCAGGCGUCAAAUGCACCGAGAAGGAGUUUCAAAACGACAGUGUAAAUGCAUCUGACGCAAAUUAUCCCCUAGCCUACACUUUUUACGUCGCUUUUAAAAAAAAUUUACUCAUCAGUCCAUAUAAUACUUCAGUAGUGGACAAAGACCCAUUGGAGCGCUUUAGUAUCGCAUGUCGAUUGCAAAUAGAACUCUAUCGGUUUCUUCUCUGGCUAACUUCUUCCGAAUCUGCCAGGGAACUUUUAUAUUUUCAUGGUUUUUGCCAGAUCAGAGGAAAAAAUAUUUCACAAAGUUUAAACGAAAUGUCUUGCCGUAACAAACAAAACUGCACUGUAUCGGCAGAGGAACUUGCAACCAAGGAUGUGUAUUCUAGAAGCCGUAUUUGGGAGCACAUUGUGAAUUCGAAGGAUGAGUAUAGAGACCUCAUAUUCACCCUUUCGACCACGUUUGCGAUUCUUCUUGUGGUUUCCAUCUUCCUCUUCAUCUAUCUUCGCUCCCACUACCACCCUCUUUCGGAGUAUAUAAUCAGCAUUGAGCUGAUGAACCAGUCCAGCAAUUCCGACGCUACUCAAACAUCUCCUCGUGAUUUUCAACUUAAAAACGCAGCCUUUCUUGAAUAUGCAUUUGGAAACAAUCCAGAUUGUGGUGUUUUAAAAUCGCUCUGUGCUUCCAAGAACUACAGGAAAGGUAUUAUCAACACUUGGAUUUAUGCUGACUCUAUUCUUUCAACCGCACCGGUCAGUAGACAAUACAAGGGCGUUGACGUCCUCCUCAUACCAACGAACAUCCGAUCGACCAGUAAGCUGAUGGAGAAGCGUCGGCUAAAUUUGAAGCAUUACAUCAAUGUCGACCAUGAAAACGUCCAGCGGUUUUAUGGUCUUGCAAAGCCUUCCACCGCCAAGAAUAAAAUGCAACGCAACAUUUGUACUUCAAAAUUAAAGGAGAACCGUGAAAAACAGCAAGGAGGCUGUGCAAUAGCACAGGGCUACUCUGAAUCGGAUUUCAUUCUCCCUUGGAUCUUCUACAUUAUUGUGGAGCCCUGCGUCCGUGGUAGUCUCUUUGAGUUGCUUCACAGUGGACAAUACGAAAUCUCUCAAUCUAUAAAGCUGAACUUAGCCUCGGAUAUUGCCUCUGGAAUGGCCUAUCUCCACGGCAAAAAGCUCAUCCAUGGAAGGCUGUCUAGUUUAACGUGUCUUUUAAAUAGCCGAUGGAUAAUUAAAAUUGCCUGCUGGGAAAACGUAGAGAAUUUGGUUCAACCAGAAUUCUUUCCCGGUAAACACAGUAUAAACAGGGGUAUUUCUCGAUGUAAUCUCAAGAUCUGCUGGCAACCGGAACACCUACGACUGGUGUGGAGGUCGCCAGCUCAGUUGAAAUGCUUUAUUGUAGCACAAGAAAGCUCGAGAGCAGUAAACCAUACGAUUUUACGUCAGGACACCAUGGAGACCGAGCGUAGCAGAGUCGUCGAACCGGUGGGCACUGGUGUGGAAGCGGGCACGGAGCGUGAGCAUGCAUCCACAGCAUGCGACGUCUAUAGCUUUGGCGUGAUUCUCACGGAGAUAUGGAAUCUGGAGGUGCCUUUUCAGGAUGCACUUAAUGUCUACCAGCACGAAUACCAACUCGCAGAGGCAAUUUGCAACAAAGUUUACAAACCCACCAUUUCGCCAAAUAUGCCUUCAAAAAUUCGUGAGGUGACGGAGUUGUGCAUAGAUCACCUGGAAACACAACGACCCAGUUUUCGCAACAUCCUCAAGACCCUGGCAAGCCUCGUGCCCAAGGGGCGAUCAGUUGCCCAUCACAUGAUUCGAGCGGCAGUUACGCGAGUGAACGAUUUAGACGCCAACUGCACCUUGCGGGAAAAGGAGGUGACCAAGAGGAAGGCGCGUUUGUGCCGGAAGUUGGACAGUCUUUUCCCGCGUGACUACAGCCUUGAACUGGUGUCGGGUUCGCUAACUCCGACGCCUUCCGCUACGCCGCAAGAUGUUCUCAUUGCUGUGAUCAGUCUGGACCAGACUUUUCUCCAGUCUGCUGCGCUGGCGGAUGAGAAAAUUGUUAUGCGGGAGCUGCAAUGCUUGAAGCAGAUCGUCGAAAAGCAUGCAAAUGAUCCUCUGUUGAGAUGUUUGGCAGCUCCUGGCGGAUUUGAAAACGAUGGCGUAUGUCUUGUAUCGGUGGCACACAACGAAGUGAAUUCGCCUGGACCGACAGAUGCACAGCUGGUUAUUCACUUCCUCCGGGUCAUCUGUCAAGUUGAGCGUGACUUCGUGGCUGCUAGCGCAUUUCAGCCCGCCUCGCAUCCCAAAUUCUGUGCCGUAUUGCAUCGAGCCAGGAUCGUUUUCGGACCGCUAGGCGUCUAUCUUCCCUGUCAAUUCGUUUAUGGCGGUGCACUGGAGGAUGUCUUCGAACUCAAACGCUACGCGAAAGCAAUGGACGUGCUGGUAACUUCCAAAGUUACUCCCAAAAUUAAACACAUUCUGAAGGAAUUUAAGGACUACACACUAAGAGAAACUUACAAAGUCCAGCUUUGGGUAAGUAAAAAAGAACAGAUAAAUCUCAAGUUGUGGCUAACCGCACGUGCUCCUCGAAGAGGUCUUUAUUAGGGACCAAGCCAUUGCAACUCUAUGUUCUUCGCUGAUGUACUGUAA